AUGUCUUAUCCUGCUCUUGAGGGUCUUUAUUCCAUACAUGACGAAUUGGGCUCGGGAGGCUUUGGAAAAGUGAAAUUGGCUGUUCAUCUACUGACCGGUUUGAAAGUCGCCAUAAAAAUCAUUGACAAGAAGGCGAUCGGGGACGAUCUUCCAAGGGUAACGACAGAGUUGGAUGCUCUUAAAACCCUAUCACAUCAAAACAUAUGCAGACUAUACCAGUUUAUUGAUACAGAGGAUAAAUUCUUUAUUAUCAUGGAGUACUGUAGUGGAGGAGAAAUGUUUGAUUACAUUGUUCGGAAAGAACGUCUGGAAGAGUCCGAAGCUCGGCAUUUCUUCCGCCAGCUCGUACAAGCCAUGGCAUACGUGCAUUCCAUGGGUUACGCACACAGAGAUCUCAAACCGGAAAACUUGCUCCUAACAGAAGAUCUGCAUCUGAAGGUGAUAGAUUUUGGUUUAUGUGCGAAGCCGUCCUCGCUUUCGCGUCCCUUAGACACCUGUUGUGGUUCUCCAGCCUAUGCCGCUCCUGAGCUCAUUGCGGGUAAGGCAUAUUUGGGAAAUGAGGCCGAUAUUUGGUCAAUGGGAGUGCUACUAUAUGCAUUACUUUGUGGAUCGCUACCUUUCGAAGAUGAAAAUAUGCAGCUUCUUUAUCAGUUCCACACAAUUUGCUUUACGGGUAACUAUUCCGAGCCGGAAUGGUUAAGUCCAAGUAGCCGAACAUUGCUACGCAGCAUGUUACAGGUGAAUCCCCAGUAUCGCAUAACAGUUAAACAGUUACUGGACCAUCCUUGGAUUAAUUACAAGUACAGUCAAAAACUGAAAUGGAGUAGUAUUUAUGAUGUAUGGUUUUUCAUUUCUGAUAGGACAGCUUCUAUCCAUCAGUCAUACCAAUUUUUCAGAAGAAUGUUGUUGAUGAGGAAGUAUUUAUUUUUCAAAGGCAAAAAACCAUUGGAUGUGUUACUCUUUGCUGACACUGAGACUCAGGGGAUAUUUCAGGGAGAUUCACAAGUGAUGGGGUCGCCAACCAUACACGCAUCAUUAGAGCACAAUCUGGACUGUUCUGGUUGUGACGAUAGUCCUGACGUUGAUUUAUCUCCGCGAAGUUUUCGAUCGGGCAGUAGCAUUAGUGAACAGUUUGAUGCAAUGUGGCGGAAUAUCCAACGCGACCGUGCCGGCGACAUGGAGCUAGAACGAUUACCCCGUAGAGGGAUUGACGUGAGUUUUGCCUCUAAACAUGGAAUUGAACUAACGACUGCGUUUGUAUUGGGAGCCACCUCUAACUACGUCGCUACACGCGCCCUUGUCUGUGCGACACAGCAUUGUAUCCAGAAAUUAAAAAAUGACUCACCCCAGGUCUUGAAAACUGUGGAUGGAAGGAUUAACGUCUCAGUAACUAAUUCUACGGAUCCAGAACGAAUAAAAUAUGAGCUUAUAAAAGUGUUUGAACAACAGAACAUCAAAUACGAGCUUAACGGGUGGAAAAUUUCUGGAAAACAGAAAGACAAGGCUGGCCACGCCCUUACUGUCGAACUGGAAGUGGUUGUGGUGGAAAAUAUUGGAAAGGUAAGCUUGCACUUUAUAAUGGUUUAUCGUUUUGGUUUAGUUAACAGCUUCUUUGGUACGGAAUUUAGAUUGGUAUCCGAAGAAGGCGUCUAA